CUGAGCAGGAGCUCAUGGGCUGCCACUCGUCCACUCUUUCUUGUAUAUAACCCUCCCCCCCUCCACGCCCGUACUAGGUGUUUGUCCAAUUCCUUCCCAUCCAUCGCCUUCAUAGUCCACAGCGUUGCCAACAAAGACAACCUCAUCCCAAACUCGCCUCGAUACUUCCAGUCUCGACCCACAACUCUACAACAGCCAAGAUGCCUUUCACCGCCAGCGACAUCUGCAAGAUCAUCCUUGCCAUCAUCCUCCCGCCCGUCGGUGUGUUCCUUGAGCGCGGCUGCGGCGCCGACUUCUGCAUCAACAUCCUUCUCACCAUCCUGGGUUACAUUCCUGGUAUCAUCCACGCUCUGUACAUCAUCCUCAAGUACUAAGCUGCAGGCUCAAUGGGCAUUAACCAUGCGUGACGCUUCCGGGGUCUCUGUCCCCUGCAAGCCCCAGCCAACGCAUGCGUCAUCAGUGGGUCUUGGGCUGUCCAGCCAGUAGCAGCCGCAAGUCCCGGUCUGCACAUGCUCGCGCGAGUCGGGCUUCACGGCACCAAGACCCACCACAGCUUCCAUGGAGCACACAAUCCGACCAAAUACCCCCAUCAUGAUACCCAACCUCUUUGUCGCCCUUCCUGGCGAUGAUAUGACGAAUCACCAACCCCGACGACUUUAAUUUUGCCAAGGCGGCUGCGGCUGCCUUCUCACGUAUCAAUUUUGCUGAAUUAGCGGUGGAGCUCUGGAGGUCACGGCAUAGCGUCGGAUCGACUGGUCGGCCGGCACUGGCAAGAUUUCUAUAAUUGUUUCACAUAAUAAUGACAGUAAUGAAAGUUGCAUUGAUACACCA